CUGUUUUGGACUCCACCCUCCAGUUCAGCCACUGUCCAUCCAGGAAAAAUAGAGCUGUCUGCAUGAACGAAUCUGUCACACUGUAAGCUGUCCUCCUGUUGCUGUGACUGACCGAAAACACAAUUGGCAGGAGGCCGGGGAUCAACUAACCUUAAACAGACGUUCUUAAUAUGUUGCCUCAACACCUGAAGCAAAUCAGAGUCCUGAUGCUCAAUGACAAAGAGAAUUUGCAGAGGACCCUGUUCAGACUUGAACAAGGUUUUGAGCUCCAGUUCCGCCUGGGGCCCAGCCUUCAGGGGAAGAGGGUCCUCGUGCACACCAACUAUCCGCUUGAAGGACAGAAAUUUGAGCGAAACAAAUUCCGUGUUUUGGCGUGGAACAACCCAACUGGAAGGGAGGAUGACUCUGAUAAAUUCUGCUCUCUGGACCUCAAGAUAGCUGGGUCCUAUGAAUACUUCUUUGGAUGUGGAGACACAGAGCGUUCAGGAAAAGGAUACAUAGUUGUGGACCCGGUCCUUCGGGUUGGAGCAGAUGAUCACGUCCUUCCACUGGACUGCAUCACUAUCCAGACAUACCUGUCCAAAUGUCUGGGACACUUGGAUGACUGGGCAGAUAGACUGAGAGUAGCCAAGGAGUCAGGAUACAACAUGAUCCACUUCACGCCACUUCAGACCCUUGGAGAGUCCAGAUCCUGUUACUCUCUGGCAGACCAGCUAAGCGUUAACCCCGAUUUCAGUCCCAAAGGACAGAGCUAUGGCUGGGGAGAGGUGGGGGCGCUAGUGGAGAAAUUAAAGAAAGAAUGGAACAUGCUGUGUAUUACAGAUGUGGUGUAUAAUCAUACUGCUGCUAACAGCAUGUGGAUCAGAGAACAUCCGGAGUGUGGCUACAACCUGGUGAACUCGCCCCACCUGAGACCAGCCUGGGUCUUAGACAGAGCUAUCUGGCAUUUAACCACCAGAGUAGCAGAGGGACGCUACAAAGCUAAAGGACUUCCUGCUGACAUUACCAAUGAGAGCCACCUGAAUGCCAUCCGUAGUGUGCUGUGGGAGGAUGUGUAUCCUCAGAUCAAACUGUGGGAGUUCUACCAGGUCAAAGUGGACACUGCCGUAGAGCAGUUCAGAGGCCUGAUACAAAAUGGCACAAGGCCAGACCAUAAUAAGACAGGAGGGAAGAAGGGCCUGAAAAUCAUUCAAGACCCAAAUUAUCGUCGUUAUGGCAACACAGUAGACAUGGACUCAGCUCUGGAGACAUUUGUACCUCACAGCUUUUCCCCACAGCACAUUGAGGAGUGCUGUGGUUGGCUGAGACAGAAGCUGAAUCAGCUGAAUGACGAACAGCUGCACAUCGUGCACCAGCAUCAGGAACAGGCUGCCAACUGUGUUGUGGGAAAUGUAGUGUAUGAACGUCUGGCAGACCACGGCCCCAAACUUGGCCCUGUUACCAGGAAAAACCCUCUGGUUACCAGAUACUUCACCUUCCCGUAUCAGGACAUGACUCUGGAGCAGGAGAUGAAGCUGCUGGACCAGCCAGACAAGAUGUGUCACUUCCUGGCUCACAACGGUUGGGUGAUGGGUGACGAUCCACUGCGCAACUUUGCCGAGCCAGGCUCCAACGUGUAUGUGCGUCGGGAGCUGAUAUGCUGGGGUGACAGUGUCAAACUUCGCUAUGGCAAUGGGCCUGAAGACUGCCCGUACCUCUGGGCACACAUGCAGAAGUACACUGAAAUCACAGCCAAAUAUUUUCACGGGGUCAGACUGGACAACUGCCACUCUACACCACUACAUGUAGCUGAGGCCAUGUUAGAUGCAGCCAGGGCGGUCAGACCCAAUCUGUAUGUGAUAGCUGAACUGUUUACAGGCAGCGAGCUCAUUGACAAUGUGUUUGUUAACCGGCUGGGAAUUAGCAGCCUUAUACGAGAGGCCAUGUCAGCUGGUGACAGCCAUGAAGAAGGAAGAUUGGUUUAUCGUUAUGGAGGCGAGCCAGUUGGAGCUUUUGUUCAGCCCAGUCUCCGCCCACUCAUGCCCUCAAUUGCUCAUGCCAUGUUCCUUGAUGUAACCCAUGACAACGAGUGUCCCAUACAGCUGCGUUCAGCACUGGACUCCCUUCCCAGCUCUGCUGUGGUCUCUAUGGCCUGCUGUGCUACUGGUUCCACCAGAGGAUACGAUGAAUUAGUGCCACAUCAGAUCUCUGUGGUGAAGGAGGAGCGUUUUUACCCCAAGUGGAACCCCUCAGCUCCCCCCACCUCCACUGGUGAGGUCGGAUUCCACAGUGGCAUCAUAGCUGGAAAACUGGCACUCAACAAGCUCCACCAGGAACUGGCUGCCCAAGGAUUCAUGCAGGUGUAUGUGGACCAGGUCGAUGCAGAUAUUGUUGCAGUUACUCGUCACUGUCCCAGCACACACCAGUCAGUGGUGGCAGUGUGCAGGACAGCCUUCUGGGACCCCAAAACCCACCAGUACGACACCAACGUCCCACCCAUGUUCAUACCUGGGAAGAUAGAGGAAGUGGUACUGGAGGCAAGGACAGUGGAAAGGCAUGCUGGGAGUUAUAAGAAGGAUGACAACUACAUCAACGGCAUGCCAGAAUACACUGUGGAAAUAAAAGAGCAUAUUCCUUUACAGGAGAGUACGUUGGUGAAGCAAGCAGAAGUGAUGUCCAAAGGUCGAUCAGAAUUUGUGCAGGAAAUCAUCUUUCAGAAGCUGACACCUGGCAGCGUCAUUGCCUUCAGAGUUAGUUUGGACCCCAAGGCCCAGAAGCUGGUGGGGAUGCUGAGGUAUUAUCUGUCCCAGUUCAGCCCAAAAUACAGGAAAGGCAGCAUAACAGAGGAAAACCCACCAGAAGCACUGCAGAAACCCCUGGCACAGCUGAUGUCCAAGCUGACAUUAGCAGACCUGAAUGUCUUGCUGUUUCGCUGCAACUCAGAAGAACAAGAAGAUGGUGGAGGCUGUUACAGUAUCCCGGGAUGGGAGACCCUCAAAUAUGCUGGACUACAAGGUCUGAUGUCAGUGUUGGCUGAUAUCCGGCCCAACAAUGACCUGGGCCAUCCUUUGUGCGCUAACCUCAGACAGGGGGACUGGCUCAUAGACUAUGUGUCCAACAGGCUGAUACACCGAGAGGGACCACUGGCACAGGUGGGUCAGUGGUUGGGAGCCAUGUUCAACUACUUGAAACACAUCCCACGCUACCUCAUCCCCUGUUACUUUGAUGCCAUCCUGGUGUCAACCUACACCACAGCUCUGGAUGCAACUUACAAACUCAUGUCAAGUUUCAUCCAGAAUGGCUCCAGCUUUGUUCGUCACCUAGCGCUGGGUUCAGUUCAGAUGUGUGGUGUCGGUCGCUUCCCUGCCCUCCCUCCGCUCUCUGCGAGCAUCGAGGAUGUUCCCUACCGCAUCAGUCCAAUCACAGGCCAGAAGGAGCAGUGCUGCGUCUCACUGGCUGCAGGUCUUCCUCAUUUCUCCGCUGGGAUUUUCCGUUGCUGGGGCAGAGACACUUUCAUUGCUCUCAGAGGACUGAUGCUGCUCACAGGGAGACACUCCGAGGCUCGUAACAUCAUCCUGGCCUUUGCGGGGACACUGCGUCACGGUUUGAUCCCCAACCUGCUGGGCGAGGGUCGCUGUGCUAGAUACAAUUGUCGUGACGCUGUGUGGUGGUGGCUGCAGUGCAUCCAGGACUAUGCCACACAUGUUCCUCAAGGGCCUGAGAUCCUCCGCUGCUCUGUUACCCGCCUGUACCCUGCUGAUGACUGUGAACCCUGCAAACCUGGAGAGGUGGAGCAGCCUCUGUAUGAUGUGAUCCAGGAGGCUCUGCAGCGCCACCUGGAAGGAAUUUCCUUCAGAGAGAGAAACGCUGGACCCAAGAUAGACAUGAACAUGAGAGAUGAAGGGUUCAACGUGGCUGUUAAGGUGGAUCCCGCCACAGGUUUUGUGAGUGGAGGAAACCGCUUCAACUGUGGCACGUGGAUGGACAAAAUGGGAGAGAGUGAGAGAGCAAGGAACAAAGGCAUGCCUGCUACUCCGAGAGACGGAGCGGCGGUAGAGAUAGUUGGUCUCAGCAAGUCGACUGUUCGCUGGGUUGUGGAGCUCCAUGCCAAAGGACUCUUCCCUUAUGAUGGAGCCAAAGUACACAGAGAUGGUAAAGAAGUGUUUGUUUCGUACUCCCAGUGGAACCAGCAGCUCCAGCAUUCCUUUGAAGCAAAUUUCUGGGUGUCUGGGGCCCCAAAUGAUCCCAAUGAGAAACGCCCUGAUCUGGUGCAUAAAAAGGACAUCUACAAGGACAGCUUUGGAGCCUCCAGCCCCUGGUGUGACUACCAGCUGAGACCCAACUUCACCAUUGCCAUGGUGGUGGCUCCGGAGCUGUUCACAGUGGAGAGAGCCUGGAACGCUCUGGAGGUGGCUGAGAAGAAACUGCUGGGACCACUGGGAAUGAAAACUCUUGACCCUGAUGACAUGGUGUACUGCGGUGUGUAUGACAACGCUCUGGACAACGACAAUUACAACCUGGCAAAAGGCUUCAACUACCACCAGGGACCUGAGUGGCUGUGGCCAGUAGGCUACUUCCUGCGUGCUAAACUCUACUUUGCCAAAAAGCUGGGAGUUGAAACUUACGACAAAACAGUCACUCUGGUGAAAAAUGUUCUGUCCCGACAUUACACCCACCUGGAGAGGUCUCCAUGGAAGGGUCUGCCGGAGCUGACCAAUGAGAAUGGCCAGUACUGCCCGUUCAGCUGUGAGACACAGGCCUGGUCUCUGGCCGCUGUGCUGGAGGUCCUCUAUGACCUCUGAAUGGCCAUCACCCUGUCCCCUCUGCUGUGAGGCUGUCUUACUUCCUGAAGUAGCGUUGUUUGAGAGGAAGAAACACACAGAAAGCGACGAGGCCUCCCAACGCUCUUGCUGUAGUGAUACAGACUGUGUGUGCGGGAGCUACAUCUGAUUGGAUGCUUCAGGUUACAUUUCUUUACAAUAAAUAUUUGAGAGAGUCUCAGCUGUGACAAUGUCCCUCCUCUUUAAGGUCACAGCCUGUCUAUUUGAAUGUUGUCCCGUGCACGACCUGCCCGUCUCCAGCUGUCCCAUCAGCCUCCUCAUGAAAGACUUUCAUAGACAGUAAACGGGAGCUCACCUCUCUCUGUGUGUUUCUGCCCUCAGUCUGUGGUCCUCUGACAUCAUUUCCUGUGAUCAGAGGUCAGUCCACUGCUACAGUCAUAUCCUUUGAGAAUGACUGAAGAGCUUCACAGCUCACAGCAACGACUUGGGAAAAAAAUUUUAAGUUAGUUGCUUUUGAUAACCUUAAACACCCUUAACUGAUAAAUGUUAGUUCAUGUAGAAAGCUCAGAGUUCCCAUAAGACAUAAAUGCAACAUAGUUCCUGGUUGAGCCCUUAAUUAAACGUAGUCCUGAGCUGAUGUGUUGUCAGUGUUCUUCAGUGUUCAUUCUCAGACAUACAGAAUGUCUGUCUGGCCACACAAGUAUUAAUAUCAACAACUCUUGAACAUUUCCUUCUCUGUAUUCUGUCACAGUCAACGCAACUGAUGCAAAAUCUGUAUUAAUAUAUAGGAGUGCGACUUCAAGAAGUAAAAAUUGUAAAAUUAAUUACCAUAAUUAAUUAAUUAAAAUCACCCAAAAAUCUUUUGGUCCAUCAAGUAUAUGAACAAUUCAAAAAAAAAAAAUGUUCUCUUAUAUUGGGACUGAAAUGAAUCUUUGGUGUUGAUAUGUAUGUAGUAUCAUACCCUUAUACACUGAAGCACUUUGACCCCACAGCCAGCAGUUGAACAAAAAACAAAAAACAGGGCAUAAUUUUUUUUCCUACCCAAGUAAGUGCUUUUAUUUUCACAAGUGAAUUUUAUACUGAAAUUAGAAAACUUGCCACUGUGUGCAUUGACGCCUAGAAUCCUACCUCCCAGCCUGCUCUCAUGUAACCCAUCCAAACAAGUGACCUGAACACCUUAUGUCACCCUAAGGUGGCUCAUUACAUGCUGUUGCACUAGUGAUGUCUGUUCCAUAAAGCAUACAGUACUACACCUUCUACCUGAUGCCUUUAUACUCACACAUGGUCUUCCAGCUGUUUCGCCACAUCUUCCCCGCAACACUUAUGAUGUAGCUCAGUGUUUCUAUACUUCAAGUGUGUAUUAUUGAUGUGUGCAUGAAUGCUGUUUUGGUGUUUCCAGAGGUUUCUGAAGCGAUUUCCUCUAGCGUGUAACCGUGCUGUAGAUGCGUGCUCAUAGCCUUGCGCUGUCUUUUAGCUGUAGAUGUUACACAUGGAAAGCGUUCUGUGUUUCACAAUCCUCCUGACUCGAUCACAGCUCAUCAUCUAGUCUCUUUGGAUCCUUGUUCGCUAAGCAGAAAGAUUACAUGGACUCAGAACAUCAGGAUUCAGUGUGGCAGCUGCCAGCGUUUGGAACAAUGCCAAUGGGUAUCUGUACAGAGCACAGUACAGCUGCAACAAUUAGUCCCCUAAUCCAGCCAAGAAAAUUAAUUACCAGCUAUUUUGAUGAUCAAUUAAUCUUUUCGGGUUUUUUUUAAAUCAUGUAUUUUUUUUUUUUUAGUCAAUAAAGAUUCUUUGGGUUUUGGACUGUUGGUUGAACAAAAAAAAGCAGUUUGAAGACUCCAGACUCUCGGAAGCAGCGCUGAACACUGAACUGAGAAAAUAAUUGACAGAUUAAUCCCUAUGAUAGUAAAUGUGACUUGCAGCUCUGCACAGCAGCGUCUUACAUCCAUUUGUAGGAGGUGGACACACUUUGUCAAGACUGGAGAACAUGGUUGGGAACCAAGGGAUUUUAGAACUUUCAGAAAUAAAACUACUCACAAUAAAGUAGCACUUUUAAUAUUUUCCUUUGGCACCAAUACUCGGCCGUGCGCUUCAAAGAGUGUGAACCUGUGAUCUGGCACUGUUAGAGAACUGUUUUAACAAAGGGAUAUCACACAGCCCAGUCAUGCAGAAUCAUACUAAGCUCUGUGAACUCAAACCGUGUUGUUUCAUCAGUGUGUCUGUGUAAUGUUACUGCAUUGUGUUACGGUUGUCAUAGACAGAGAAUAAACUGUUACAUGAC